AUGUCUGAUGAGUGUCAUCUGUGUCUGCUGGGACUGAUCGCUCUCUCUUCACUUCUCACAGGUAUCAGUGAAGAGGAUGUGACUCAUGUGCCUGUGUUCAUCAGUUCUGGUGAAAAUGUCCGUCUGUCCUGUAAUAAUGCUCUUCCAGACUGUAACUCAACUAUAUGGUUCUAUAACAGAUUCAGAGAUUCAGCAGCAGUUGAACUGAUUGGUUUAGGGAAAAAGAAGAAAGACACAGAGAGACAUGAGAGACUGAGUCUGGGGCCUGACUGCUCUCUGAACAUCAACAACAUCUCAACAGAAGAUUAUGGAUAUUACACCUGCAGACAAUAUGUGAAUGACAAACAACAAGGAACUGAUGCUCGUGUUUUUCUGCAUAUUCUUCAUGUCUCUUCAUCCUCCUCCUCAUCCUCACAGACUGAGAUCAGUGCAGGCCGCUCUGUGACUCUCUUCUGUCAGUUGUAUUCAUUUGCUGAAGGCUCUUGUGAUGAUUGGAUCCGUUCUGAGAGAAUUGAGCUGUUCUGGGUGAAUCAGACUGGUGUUAAACUGACGAGAUCAGACUCCAGAUAUCAGAUAUUAUCCUCAUCAGAUCACUGUAUCAUCACUCUGACUACAACACUCCUGAAUGAAGAUCACAACAGAGAGUGGAGAUGUGAAGUUACUCACAGAGAUCAAGUCAAGAGCUCAGUCACAUACACUGUCAAGAGUUCAGCCCACAUGCACUCUGAGAGGACUGCAGCUGCGCUCACACCUGGAUUUACUGAUCAUCAAGUUGAGCUUCCUGAUGAUGAAAAACCCUUUGAGCUUCAUCUAUCUCCUCAGUUUCACUCUCCUUUCCGUCUCGGGACACAAGAGGGCAUCUUAUAA